UUUUUAACGACUAGGUUUUUCUCUUUCUUGAUUUUCUCUCACUUUCUCGGAAACCAAACGCAAUCUCGCUGCUAUGAAUCAAACGGCGUUUGGGAUCUAGACCUCUAGAUUUUUCGUGGAAGUUCCAAGCUGUGGAUGAUAAUGCCAAGGCAGAAUCUGAGCGCGGAUUUGAUCCCUGGCAAAAUCAGGAAGCGAGGUUGUUCGUCGUCGGCGAGUUCGUCGUCCUCCGUGAUCCAGAACUACAGGUUCAAGAGAGCGAUCCUCGUUGGGAAGAGAGGCGGAUCCACUACGCCCGUGCCUACAUGGAGGCUGAUGAGCUCGAGAUCUCCGGCGUCAGCGCGGCGGAAUUUUGAGUCCCCGAAGUACGCGCCGUCGAUGAUCGGCGGCGCCGCCGCCAAGGCUUCGGCGGCGGUAGCCAAGCAAGCUCCUCCCGUGUCGGCUAGGAAGCUCGCCGCCACGCUCUGGGAGAUGAACGAGAUUCCGUCGCCGAGGAUUAAGGAAGGCUCCGACGAGAGGAGGCUUAGGAAGGAGCUCAGAGCCAGAGAGAAGAUGAUGACUUCGAGGUCCAUGCAUUCCGGUUCUUUGCCUCCUCAUCUCUCCGAUCCGUCUCACAGUCCGGUUUCCGAGAGAAUGGAUCGAUCUGGAACGGGUAGUCGCCAGAGAAGAACGCCGUCCGUUUCUCAUAGGCUUAGACUUACGGAACGUCACAUUGGAGGUUUGGAUUCCCUAAGCAAUGCCAGCUUAAUGGAGGUUGAGACUAGAUCCCGAGCGCAGACUCCGAGUGCUUCCACUGUCGGUGUUAAGACUCGUCUCAAAGAUGUUAGUAAUGCUCUGACCACGUCAAAACAGUUGCUCAAAAUUAUCAACCGCAUUUGGGGUCAUGAAGAUAGACCUUCGUCGAGCAUGUCGUUGAUCUCUGCCUUGCAUACUGAGCUAGAAAGGGCUCGAUUACAGGUCAAUCAACUUAUCCAAGAACAACGCUCGGAUCAGAAUGAGAUCAACUACCUUAUGAAGUGCUUUGCUGAGGAAAAAGCUGCAUGGAAAAACAAGGAGCAGGAAGUGGUUGAGGCUGCUAUAGAAUCCGUUGUGGGGGAGCUAGAGGUGGAGAGGAAGCUGAGGAGAAGGUUCGAGAGCUUGAACAAGAAGCUUGGGAAAGAACUGGCUGAGACAAAGUCCUCCCUUCUUAAGGCAGUGAAAGAGCUUGAAACUGAGAAGAGAGCGAGGGAAAUAAUGGAACAAGUGUGUGAUGAAUUGGCCAGGGAUAUUGAUGAAGACAAAGUUGAGGCAGAGGGACUAAAGAGAGAUUCUUUUAAAAUUUGUGAAGAGGUUGAGAAGGAAAGGGAGAUGAUGAAACUAGCUGAUAUGUUGCGGGAGGAAAGAGUUCAGAUGAAACUCUCUGAUGCCAAACAUCAGCUUGAAGAGAAGAAUGCUGCUGUUGAUAUAUUGAGGAAUCAACUUGAGGCUUUUUUAGGGACUAAAAAACCUAAAGAGAAAGGACGAGUUUCUAAUUAUCAAAAUGAAGAAGAAAUUGACGCUUAUUUGGGGGGAACUCGUUUUGGUUUGCAUCAGAAAGAACAAAAAGAUGAUGUGGGAGAAGUUGUAGAUGGUGUGGAAUGCGAAGAGGAUUUGGCUGAAAGUGAUCUUCAUUCAAUAGAACUAAACAUGGACAACAAUAAUAAGAGCUACAACUGGCCUCAGGCUUCUGGAGUCGCUCAUGAUUUAAGAAGGGCUUUGAUUGAUCAAGAAGAAAGGAAGUCUAUAUCUGGGAAAGCGUCAAGGAAGAGCACUUCCCUACAAAGGAGCAUAUCAGAUGGAGUUGAAUUGCGCAUGCAAAGUGAAAAGCUUCAGAGUCCGAUAGAUGGGCUAGACUGGGACAGGUUUUCUGAACUUGAGAGGCAACUGCAAGGAAAAGGUUACGGUGAUGAAAUGCAAGGAUACAAAUCAUCGAAGGGUCUCCGAGACCAAAUUUUGUCCAGUUCUAGGUUGGGAUCUGCUAAAGGUUUUGCUAGUCCAACACGGCAAUGGGGACAACCAUGGCCUUCGAGAGAUCCUACCAAUACAGUUCACGAAAGGCCUGCCACUGCGCAGGGCAGUGGAUUGAAGUCGAGGCUUAAUAGAAGCCAGAGGUGAAUGCCAAAAUGCAAGUAAAUUGAGACGAUGAAGAAAUGCUAUUUAUUCACCAAUCCCGUUCCUGUGAGGACCUACAUUGCCACAAUAGAUGCUGACCGAACACAGGGAGACUACAGAGGCCAAGGUAGUCAACUCUCAAGCUGAGAAGUUUUCUUUUAGUUGCUUUUCCUUUGUCAGCACCAAGAGGUGCUGAGCUUGCAGCAAUCGCUGCCCUUUUUGCGCCGGACUAUUUGAUUUACACAUCCUUUAUGCUUGUAGAUUUAUUGUAGAAAGCUGUGCUAAUUUAGCGAGUUUCCCAUGUACAAAAGCUUCUAGUACAACUGAGAUGAAUGUACUAGAAAAGCUAAAUAUUUGACCUCUUGUGUGUUCCUCUUACCUUUUCAUUCGUGCCCUUUAAUUGAAAAAUGAAAGAUUAUUAGAAAAGUCCAAAUGGAUGAUUGUUCAA